UUUUUUCUUUGCGCGUGGGGAUUUUUCUAAUUCAUCGCUCACCUAUUUUUUUUUUGAGAGAGAUUGCAUGUAUUAUAUAUUUUUUUUCUUUUAUAUUUCUGAUCCGGAUCCAGCCCUGACUGUUCAAUGGAAGUAUGUUAUCAGUUGCCGGUUUUGCCUCUAGACAGGCCGGUUCCCAAGCAUGUACUCAGCCGGAGGGGAGCCAUUAGUUUCAGCUCCAGCUCUUCCCUGUUCGGGGCUCCUGAUCCAAGACAGCUGUCACAGAGACGAGGGGCCAUCUCCUAUGACAGCUCUGACCAGACAGCGCUGUACAUUCGUAUGCUAGGAGCUUGUGUAGUGUUCAAACAGCUGUUUGCAAGAGAUGUGAGAGUAAGAAGUCAGGUUGGAUUUGAACCGGAACGACGAAGCUCCCACCCGUACCUUUGCAUAGACUUCCGAACUCUGCACACACGGCUGAGCUGCGGAGCCUUGUCGGCGGACUCUGGUACUGAAAAGAGGGUCCACAGGCUGCUCAGCUUCCAGAGAUACCUGCACUCGUCCCGGCUGCUGCGGGGAAUCCCCCAGCAGAUCCCCCUCCACAUCCUCGAUGAAGACUACAGCGGACAGGCUAGAUGUAUGCUGGAAAAAGUUGGCAACUGGAAUUUUGACAUUUUCCUCUUUGAUAAGCUGACAAAUGGGAACAGCCUGAUCAGCCUGACCCUCCACCUGCUGAACCAGUACGGCCUGGUGGACCUCUUCCAGCUGGACAUGGUCAGACUCUGGAGGUUUCUGGUGCUGGUGCAGGAAGACUACCACAACGACAACCCUUAUCACAACUCCGUUCAUGCUGCAGACGUCACACAAGCCAUGUACUGCUACCUGCAGGAGCCCAUGCUGUCGAAGUCUCUAACGUCGUACGACAUCCUGCUGGGAAUCCUUGCGGCCGCCACACACGACCUGGACCAUCCUGGGGUCAACCAGCCUUUUCUCAUCAAGACUGACCACUAUUUAGCCAGACUCUAUAGAAAUACCUCAGUUCUGGAAAACCACCACUGGAAAUCGGCCGUGGGUCUCCUCCGAGAGACUGGACUGUUCUCUCACCUGCCCACAGAGGACAGCUUGAACAUGGAGCGGGAUUUGGGCUCUUUAAUCCUGGCCACAGACAUCAGCCGACAGAACGACUACCUGUCCAGGUUUCGCACCCACCUGGACCAGGACAGCCUGUGCUUGAGCAACUGCAGCCAUCGACACUUCGUCCUGCAGAUGGCUCUGAAGUGUGCAGACAUCUGCAACCCCUGCAGACCCUGGGAGCUGAGCAAACAGUGGAGCGAGAAAGUGACCGAGGAGUUCUUCCAGCAGGGGGACAUCGAGAGGAAACACAAACUUGAAGUGAGCCCGCUCUGUGACAGAGAGACCAACACCAUCUGCAACAUCCAAAUAGGCUUCAUGACGUACGUGGCGGAGCCGCUGUUCGGGGAGUGGGCCCGUUUCUCCGACACGCGUCUGUCUCAGACCAUGCUGGGCCACAUGGGGCUGAACAAGGCCAGCUGGGGCGGCCUGCAGCAGGAGCAGACCGCCGUCUCCGAGGAGGCCGAGCUGAGCACGGCGGACCCGGACGCAGGAGAGAGCCGCUCCAAAGAAAUACCUCAGGGAAGCAGAGAAUCCUGACACUUCUUUUUUUUUUUUCUGUUUUUUUUUCUUCGCCCUCUCACCUUUACCCCCUGAACUGUGGCCCCAGGGCCUCACCUCCACACACUGAGGGCCAGCGGAGCUCCCACCGCCGGCCCGGCCUCAUGUGAACACCUUGUUGAUAUGUUGUUGCUUUUGGCCUCCCCAUCUCGAUUAAACCACUGAUUCUUUUUUUUUUUUAUUUAAUUUAUUUAAUUUUAUAAUUUCUCUUUUUGUUUUUUGGCAUAGAGCAAUACAUAGAUACCUCAUUUGACAACUGCUGUAUUUCUCUUCUUUUAUUUGCUUCGUUUUUAUUUAUUUUUUGGGGGGUGGGGGGGACUGUAUUUCAGGCGUGAAUGACUAAACAUGCCGCUUUUUUUUUGUUGUCGUGGAUUGUUAAAAGGUGAAAGCAGUAUAAAAUAAGAGAAAAAAAACUGAUUUUUUUUUUGGGGGGGGUGGGGUGUUUUUUGAAGUGCCAUUUGAAAACAAAGAUUUAAAAAGAGGAUUUGACGGACAGCUGGAGUUCGGGGAGAUGUUCGAAAGACUUUUUUUUUUUUAGGAGUAUUUGCGCCGUGUUGCAUCUGUACUGAAGAUUCUUCCUUGUGUAAAAACAUAAACAAAAAAAACAGGAAAAAAAAAAAAGAAAAGAAAAAUGUGACAAGCCCAGUCCUUCUGCUGCCUCUGAGAAGACUGUUUACGCAUCGCCGUGCUGGUUGUACUUUCUCACACACCCCACCCCCACCACACGUCGGCUCCGCAGUUUGCCUUCGAAGCACAGACGUAGAAAAAGAAGAGAACCACUCGUCUGAACCGUCGUCGCCACUGUUGAAGCCAUGAGCUGAACUUUUAUUCAAAAACAAACCAGACGCCAUAUUAACUCCACCCGUGCUCUACCGUGUUGUUCCCGCACGCCGGACGACGCGCUCCGUCUCCCGCCGCCUCUCGCCUACAAACGAGGCUGACCCACGUUUCUGCGUCACUCACCUGGAUCUCCGCUCCAUGCAACUCCACUCGCUCAGGGUUUUUACCAGUCUUUCAUCCAGCGAACGAGGGAGAAGGAAGGAAGGAAGGAAGGAAGGAGGUGGCUACAGACGACGCAAGGUUGCUGUUUUCCCCUGUUGUUGUUGGUUCGGAUCCGCCGAAGGAGACUCCCUCUGCGCAGAAUGUCUCUCACAGCCACAUGAAACCGGACGGACUGCUCGACUGAUGCCUUAUAACUAUGCACAAACUAUGCUAAGUGACCAAACCAACUCCUGUUCCCAUCAAGUGCAUGGUGUGCUUGCUUCUCUGAAUGCACUGUCCCCGACUCAUUCGCCUUUUUCUGUUGUGAGGAACAACUCCAGCUUUUUUUUUUUUUUUUUUUUUGUUAUUUCCUUCCUUUUUUUGUACAAAUACAGAAACGAGUCGAAUGAAUUGAAACAUUCCUUUUUCUUUCUCUCUCUUUCUCUCUCUCGUUUGUCGGGUCCGUCUGUUUCGAUUCUGUACAGUGGCACAGGUCGUGUUCGUGUUGAGGCGUUUGGAACGAAAACAGGUGCUUUUCUUACGUUAGCUGAUUUGUAUUUUUGCUGUAAAGUGCUGUAAGACUGUUGAUACAACUGUUUACAAUUUGUUGCGACAGCCAUUUUUUGGGAAGACUUCAGUGUCGAGCCAGAUUUUUUUUGUAAAGGCUUUGCUGUAUUGAACUUUUUUGAUACAUGCCUGUUGGAGUUACGAUUUGAAUAAUAAAAACCCGUUGUUGAAUUUUC